AUGAAUGGGAUCACAGGGAUAAUCUUGUUAUUUCUUAUCGGCUUCACUAGCGCAAUUCAUCCUCCUGUAAUUGGUGAUCUGAAACGUGAAUUGUGUGAAGACAUCCCUAUAGGUGGUUAUGCAUUUACUAUAUGGGCAACUGAUGCAGACAACGACCGUUUGACGUAUUCAAUGAGUGGCGAGGAUGCUAGAUUCUUUCUAGUUAACGCAAACACGGGAAAUGUAACAGUAAAAUCGUAUCUAGAUAGAGAGGCUAAAAGUGUUCUCCUCCCUGAUGUUACUGUCAGUGAUGAUGAAUCACUCUCGACUGCCCUUGUAGGUACAACACUGUUUACAGUGCGGGCCACAGAUGAUGAUAUUGGAGCUGCAGGUCGUGUUACAUACAACAUUGAUGACGUCACUCCGGAGAAAGGAUCCAGUCUGUUUAACAUCGGAUCAACAAGUGGUGUGGUCACGUUAGUUGGACAACUGAAUUAUACACAUCUGAGCAGUUUCUAUUGGUUGAAGAUAAAUGCAUCUGAUGGUGGAGGCCAAUGUGGGAAUGGCGAUUAUGUGCCUCCUCUGUCCAGCAUGACUUUUUCUGUUGUUACCGUUGAGGACCGUCCAGAUCUAGACCCCAGGUUCACACGUCUACCGUAUUUUGCCAGCGUUGAAGAGCAUUCUCCGAAAGACAUGUCCAUUCUUGAAGUGCUUGCCAUUGACCCAGAUACAGGAAUCAAUGACAUUAUCAAGUACAGCAUUGAACAUUCCAGUAAAGAAGGCUUGUUUAAAAUCUCAGAAAAUGAAGGCAUCAUAUCUGUAAUGUCAAGCAUUGACAGAGAAGAAGUUGGUGAUGAUGUUACUCUGACUGUAAAGGCUACUGAAUCCAGUCUGGACAUCAACGGGGUAUAUGCCAGCACCACAGCAGAGGUGCAGAUCAACAUCAUCAAUAUCAAUGACAACAUACCCACAUUUUUAAAGUGUGAAGGCACAGCACUGUCCUGUGUGAAUGAGACUCAAUUCACAGGAGAGAUCGAGGAACACUCGCCAGGUUUGAUUCCCCUCAAAAUGAAAGUGCAAGACAGAGACAAGAAUAGCAAAAUAAGUCUAACGCUGGAGGGAACUGACAAGAACAUAUUUUCUGUUGAACCUUCACUUGCCAUUUCAGAAAGUGAUGUUCAACUCAUGGUGAGGCAGUCCCAAGAACUGGACUUUGAAAAAAUUUGUACUUUUGUGGUGCAGGUGAUUGCCACAGAUCAAGAAAAUACCACCUUCCAGUCCACUGCUACAGUUACUAUUAAAAUCAAGGACAUUAAUGACAACAUCCCAGAGUUUCCAAAGGACACAUAUCAGAUCACGGUGCCCGAGCAUUCUCCAAAUGGAACUGUACUUGACACCAUUGUUGCAGAGGAUCCUGACACGAUGGACAAAGACAAACUUGUAUACAGUCUUCUUCCAGAGAGCAUACGACUGUAUUUUGAUGUGGAGCCACAUACAGGCGCAAUUUAUGUUGCAAAUUCCACUUUGAUUGACCGAGAGGUUCGAUCUCUGUAUUCAGCCACUCUGCAAGCUAAAGACACGAGCAACAAGACAGGCAGUACCGUUCUCGAAAUCACUCUGAAUGACAUCAACGACAAACCUCCAGUCAUGAACAGAAACUCCUACCAGGAGUUUGUUAAAGAGGGUCAGAAUUUUCAGCUUCAGAUUCAGGCAGAUGAUGCAGAUGAUCCAGAGACACAAAACAGCCAGAUAGUGUACGCAAUUGUGCCAAGUGUCUACAGUAAUAACUUCACUAUCGAUCCCAACACCGGUAUGUUGAAAAACAAUGGUGAGCUGGACCGCGAGUCUUUGGACCCUAAGCUAAAUGGGAAGAUUGAGCUCAUUGUAACUGCCACUGACAAGGGUGUACCUGCCUUAUCCUCUAAUGCAACAGUCACCAUCAACAUUGAUGAUAUCAAUGACAAUGCUCCACAAUUUGAUAAGUCUUCUUACAAAUUCUUUGUUAAAGAAGGGGUAAAGGGUGCAUAUGUCGGGACUGUUUCUGCUGAGGAUUUGGACCAAACGGCAGAAUUUAACCGCAUUUCCUUCAGUAUCAUUGAGGGAAGCUUUGGCAGCUUCAUCAUUCGCUCUUAUCAAAAGCAGCAAGGUUACGGGGGAAACAUCACAGUGGACCAGGACAUUGAGCUGGACUAUGAGAGUGAUCGCAACAAGUUCAAAUUGCAAGUGCAGGCAACAGAUAUGGAACAGGACAGUGAUGUUGUGAUGGUGGACGUCGAUGUGUUGGAUGUGAAUGAUGAGAGGCCGGAAUUCAUUCCUUCUGGCCCUCUGACAGUGAAGGAGGGCAUCAACAUUUCUGAGCCUAUUGGGAAUUUCACAGCAGUGGACAAAGAUGGGAACCAUUUACUGGUCUAUGAGUUAGAGUCCCUGAAAUGCAUAUGCGGCGGGACUCUGGAAAACUGCAACUGGUUUAUCCUAGACCCCUCAGGAGAAAUCAGGGUCACCCCAGGCAUCGAGAUAGAUUAUGAAAAAUGUAACCAGGCCGUGAUGGAAGCCCAAGUGGUGGACAAGAACACAGAGAAAGGAGAGAACAAUAGCGCCACACCAGGAGUGAUGGUGAUUAAUAUUGAAGACAUUAAUGACAACGCUCCAGAAUUCAUAACCUCAAAUUCUGUAUUUGUUGUUGUGUCAGAAAUGGCAAGUAAGGGCACAUCGGUUGCAGCAGUUGCUGCUACAGAUCGUGAUUCUGGAAUAAAUAAGGUAAUUGUUUUCAAAGUAACGGCUGUGGAAUUCAAGGACACCAACAAUCAAAUAACUCCUAUAAGGACACUGUUCGAGGCUAUCACCACACAGCAAAACAACAUUUAUGUCGGAAUUAUUCAACCCACAGAGAAUCUCGAUACUUCAUUGAAAGGGAAGUAUUUAGUAACAGUGUCUGCAACUGACACUGGCGACCUGUCAAACAGCACUGUACUGGAGCUUUUCACAGUUGACGAAUCUUAUAAGGUAAAACUGGAGUUUACGUCUUCCAUUGAAGAAGUUGAAAGUAACAAAGAUGAGAUCGAAAGAGUGCUCACUGCUGCCACCAAGACCAAAGUUCACAUUCUUGGGUUCAGUUCUGUAGCAGACCAGACAACCCGAGCUCAAGUUAAAACAGUAGCAGAGGCAUAUUUUGUCUACCCCAAUGGGACUGCUCUUAAUUAUAACUCUGUGACAAAGCUGCUGUCAGAUCCAGAAUAUGUACUUAUACUGGGAGAACUUGGCCUUGCCCAAGUUGGAAGUUCUCCGUUGGAUGACAAGGGGCCAGACACCGUCCAGUACGUCCUGGUUGGCAUAGUUGGGGGUCUCAUCAUUGUUUUAGUCAUUCUCAUCACCUCACUCAUGUGCACUCGGAGAAACUACCAGAGGAAGCUGAAAGCAGCUAAUGCCAUAAACAAUGCAGCCAUGUUGGCUUCUGAGAACCAGACAAGUGGCGCUGUGGUACCUGGAACCAAUAAGUACAACAUGGAGGGGGCUAAUCCUGUUCUCAACCUCAACAUUGAUACGGCCUUAGUGCUGGACAUGGACGCCGAGAGCUCAGAUGUAGACAAAGUCAGCCUCAAUUCUCUGGACUACAGCGAAGACAUGUCAGAUAAGGAUACAAAUCCAGAAAAGGAGAAAGAGAGGAAGCAUAAAUUAGCAUACAUUGAGCCUCUGGAUGAAGCGCUGGCUCACCAUGGCCAGAAAAAAGGAUCUGACAGUGACUACUUGGCCUUUAAUAACCCUCUGUUCAGUGCUACAGACCUGUGAUGGGGAUGAGACGAGGACAAUCAGA